UGGCAGAGGUUGAGGCUCACUGAUGUCAUCAGGCCCUUCCAUGAAUGGGACAAGCCAAACCCCUGUGGAGCCCUCGAAGCUCCCCGCAGUAAUAUCCACGACCCCUGGACUGGGCACUGGGGGCCGGGCGUGGCCUGUGCUGGUAGGGGUUGUUCUGGGGGCUGUGGUCUUCUCUGUGCUCCUUGCACUUGCUGCCAAAUUCCAUGUCUGCCGCCGCUACUAUGCCAGCUACCGACACCGCCCACUGCCCAGAACAGGAAAUGGGAACCGCCCAGAGGUGGGUGAAGAUGAGGAUGAUGAUGGUUUCAUUGAGGACAAUUACAUUCAGCCUGGGGCCAGUGAGCUGGAGACGGAGGGGAGCAGGGACCGCUUCUCCCUCUGAGCCCUGAUCUUUGGAUCCUCUCUUCCCUCCAUGCCUGGCAGUUUUAAGGGCAGCCGAUGCUAAAUAGGAGCCCAAGCCUCAGGGACAGACGGGACAAUGACUUAAAUGUUGACCAAGAGUAGCGCAAUUCUCUCCUUCCUGACACUAGCCACCAAAUGACAAUGACCUUCUCUUGCUCAAUAACUCUAAAUGACUCCCUGCUGUACCUGGAAAAAGUCUAACAACCCUAUGAGUAUGGAGAAGAGGCGCUCUGUGACUGGCUUACGUGGACUUCUUGUUUCCUCUUUUACCUUCCCCUACUUUACUCCCUUCUUAAUUAGGUGAAGUUUUUGCUCAGGUUGUUCCUUAGCCUGGGCUGCCAUACCCUUCUCUAAGUCCCCUCUGAUAGUGCUGAAAAUUCUAGCCCACAGGCCCUCUAUGGCCUGCUUGCCUWCCUGCCAGCAUCGCAGAUGUGCCCAGAUGGUGCAUUUGAGCAGGU